CGAAUUCUUCAAGACGGAUGCAAAAAUAUUGGGGGAAGACGCGCAAACAAGAGCUUCAGUAUCAUGUCUUCGGAAAUCGACGGCGGCGACGGCGACGGCGACGACAUAAGCCCCGUCACUGUGAUCCUUCCUGAGGAGGAAGCUGAUAUAACCAAAUUGUCUGUUAUACAUGACGAUUUAACAUCUGAAUUGCAGCGCCAAUUCAUCCGUUCAAUCAACUCAUCACUAUCGAUCAGGCAGCUACGUUCCCAAGGUCUCUCGUUCCAGCUCUGGCCGGCGGCGACCACCCUCGUCAACCUUCUCGACAAGCAACGCUCUCAUCCUGAAACCAACCCUCUUACUCCCACUCUCACUGCCUUGCGCAACAGUUCAGAAUGUCGAACUCUGAAUAUUCUCGAAAUCGGCUCCGGAACCGGUUUAGUCGGAAUCGCCGCAGCCGCUACACUCGGAGCAAAAGUGACAGUAACCGAUCUCUCGCAUGUGAUUUCCAACCUUCAAUUCAACGUCGAAGCUAACGCCGACGUAGUGGCUGCGAACGGCGGCUGCGUAAGGGCGGCGUCGCUGCAUUGGGGAGAACCCAUUGACGCCGAGCUGAUUGGGCAAGAAUUUGAUCUCAUCCUGGCUUCCGAUGUUGUAUACCAUGACCAUUUGUACGACCCUCUAAUCCAAACGUUGAGGAGCUUUCUCUUAGACGGAGGAAACCCCAAAAUGGUGUUGCUGAUGGCUCAUUUACGGCGGUGGAAGAAGGACUCCGCCUUCUUGAAGAAAGCCAGAAAGUUUUUUGAAGUCGAUGUUCUGCAUACAGAUCCUCCGGCGCCGGGAUCAAGAAUUGGAGUUGUUGUAUACCGUUUUGCAGCGAAGCAAAGUAAGAAACCGGCCAUUGUUUCAGCAAAGAGAGGUUGAAUAUCGAUCUUUAAAUCCAUCAUCGUUUACUGUAUCGUGAAUCCUUUUAUUUGCCUUCUUCUAGCUCUCUUACAGAAAUUAACAUUCGUAAAAGAGACAGUUCAAUUUUGUUCUGUUAAUCAAAUUGGAACUAUGAACUUCUC